AUGGAUAAAGAUAUAAAAGAAAUGAAAGAGAAAUUAAUUCCACAAGUAGAAGAUGGAACAUAUAUAGAAUUGUUAGACAAAAUAGAAAGACGAGUAAAAGAUUUGGAAAUUCAAGUGAAAACUACCAAGCAGAAAAAACUCAUGAGAGAUAAAGAAGAUUACAAUCUGGGAAGACAGAGAAAUUGGAAAAAACGUACAUUCAACAACCAAGAAAACCAUUACAACAACAAUUAUAAACCAUUCCAACAUCGUCAGUACCAACCAUAUAGAUCAAAUAAUUAUCAAAAUCCGAAUCGUAAGUACAGACAUCAAACAUAUUCACAUCACAAUCAAUAUCCAUCACGCCCUGAUACUCAGUACCAUCAUAAACCACCUAAUUACAAUUUACAAAAAGAUUCUUCUACAUUUAAAUCUCACACACCAUCAAUAAAACACAAGCCAACAUCUAGGACAUUUAAAUUGAAUUCACCGUCUCAUAUAUCACACCAACUUCAAGGUCAACACAAGUUUUUUGGGGACCUUUUUAGGGAGAAAACGUAUAAGAAUACACUCAAGAGAAAAAGAAGAAAUCACGAAAAUCCACAGAUCACCAGUCCAAAAAAACACAAGGACAUCAAGGGAACAAGAGACCAGAUGGAGAGAACACACGCAAUCACCAUCCCCCAAAAGAAAACCAAGACAAAGAAAAGAACAAGACGGAGAACCAUCAAGACAACAAUAUCACAACCACAAUCAAAUACAAAGGAAAUAAAUGUAUUCAAUUUAUCUCAAAGAGUGUUAACACAAGAUGAAACAUCUUUACUUCAAAAAGGAUUAAAAUUUGCCCCUAGCUCAUCAAAUUCACAAUUCAAUAUUUUUAUCGAUCUUCAUAAAUUUAUUCGAAAAUUAACCAUUUAG